UCUCAUACUGAAACUGAACGUAGCAAGAAGUGGAAGUGAGCGUUUUCUCUUAUCUUCUUCUGAGUUCUUCUCUCACUCACACUUUCUUCUUCUUAUUCAAAGCUAGCAACCUGAUUGUGAUGAUGGGUGAUUCGCCACCCCAGAAGCAUAGAAUUCUUAUGGUAUCUGAUUUUUUCUAUCCCAACUUUGGUGGUGUCGAGAACCACGUUUAUUACCUCUCCCUAUGCUUGCUCAAGUUAGGCCACAAGGUGGUGGUGGUGACUCAUGCUUAUGGGAAUCGCACUGGGGUUAGAUAUAUGACGGGUGGUUUGAAAGUUUACUAUGUUCCAUGGAGACCGUUCUUUAAUCAGAGUACAUUUCCAACAUUGUAUGGGGUGCUACCGAUUAUAAGAACAAUUCUCAUUCGAGAAAGAAUUACCAUAGUGCAUGGACAUCAAACCUUCUCAACACUUUCCCAUGAUGCUCUUUUGCAUUCGAGGAUCAUGGGAUACAAGGUUGUGUUCACAGAUCACUCACUGCAUGGUUUUGGGGAUGUUGGAAGCAUCCAUAUGAACAAAGUGAUGCAGUUUACCUUGGCAGAUGUGAGUCAAGCCAUCUGUGUUUCCCAUACAAGCAAGGAAAACACAGUGUUGAGGUCAGGUUUGGCAGCAGAGAAGGUCUUUGUUAUUCCUAAUGCUGUUGACACUGCCAUGUUCAAGCCAGCAUUGGAGCGUCCCAGUGGAUCAGAAGUUGUUAUUGUUGUUAUCAGUCGAUUGGUUUACCGGAAAGGAGCAGAUUUGCUUGUUGAACUCAUUCCGGAAGUAUGCCGGUUACAUCCUAAUGUUCGAUUCAUUAUUGGUGGUGAUGGACCUAAGCGUGUCCGUUUGGAAGAGAUGAGGGAAAAACAUUUUCUUUUUGAUCGUGUUACUUUACUGGGAGCUGUACCACAUGCAGAAGUUCGAUCUGUUCUAAUAUCUGGGCAUAUCUUCUUAACCUGUUCCUUGACUGAAGCCUUUUGCAUGGCCAUAUUAGAGGCUGCUAGUUGUGGAUUGUUAACAGUCAGCACACGAGUUGGAGGUGUUCCGGAGGUUUUACCGGAUGACAUGAUUGUUUUGGCAGAACCUGAUCCAGGUGAUAUAGUGCUUGCAAUCCAAAAGGCAAUAUCUAUGCUUCCCAAAAUUGAUCCUCAAGUCAUGCACACUCGUAUGAGGAAACUCUACAACUGGCAUGAUGUUGCCAAACGGACUGAAAUUGUAUAUGAUCGUGCUUUGAAGUGCCCCAGUCAAAGUCUAUUAGAAUCUCUCUCACGAUACUUAUCUUGUGGAGCAUGGGCGGGAAAGCUCUUUUCCUUGGUUAUGAUCUUGAGUUUUUUGUUUUGGCAUCUACUGGAACUAUGGCAGCCUGCAGAUGAUAUUGAAGAGGUGCCAGAUGUUAUUUAUCCACACAACUGUGAUGAAGAGAGGUUAAAAAAUCCUAACAAUGACCCAUGAAGAGGGUGAUACAUUAUUUUGGUGAACAGCAUAGCUAUUGUCAGUUGACUAAAAUCCAAGUUCCCAGAUUUUGUAAUGUAGAUAAUCAUCUACCAUUUUAUUUCUUAAUCUUGGGGUAUUUAUAUAUGUACCUGUUAUUGGAGAUCCUAACAUACCAAGUGAGGUAAUUCAGAAAGAAAAAAUAUGAACUCUCUAUAACCAUUCAACUA